CUGCCCCACCACGUUCUGUCACGUUCUGUUGCCCCAACCACUCGGUUCUACGGUUGGACCGUCUACUUCCCCUCGUAGGAGCUCCGUACGUCGGACUACAGAGAGAGAACACAGCCAUGGCCGAAAACGCCGGCUUGGAAAACCAUCGCAUUAAGAGCUUUAAAAACAAGGGACGAGAUGUCGAGACUAUGCGAAGACACCGCAACGAGGUAACAGUUGAACUGAGAAAGAACAAGAGAGACGAGCACCUACUAAAGAAACGCAACGUUCCUCAAGAUGAAAGUCUCGAGGACUCAGACGUAGACGCCGACUUCAAGGGGCAAAACGUAACACUAGACGCCAUCUUACAGAACGCCACCAGUGACAAUGCAGUAGUACAGCUCAGUGCUGUACAAGCGGCCAGAAAACUACUAUCCAGUGACAGAAACCCCCCCAUCGACGACUUGAUCAAAUCUGGGAUCCUGCCUAUCCUUGUCAAAUGUCUGGAGAGGGAUGACAACCCCUCACUGCAGUUCGAGGCUGCCUGGGCUUUGACCAACAUCGCGUCUGGGACUUCGGCGCAAACACAGGCUGUGGUCAAAUCCAACGCUGUCCCCUUGUUUUUGAGGCUGCUUCAUUCCCCUCACCAGAACGUAUGUGAGCAGGCCGUGUGGGCACUGGGAAACAUCAUUGGUGAUGGCCCACAGUGUCGAGACUACGUCAUCUCGCUGGGCGUGGUCAAACCUCUCUUGUCCUUCAUUAAUCCCUCCAUCCCCAUCACCUUCCUGAGGAAUGUCACCUGGGUCAUCGUCAACCUGUGCCGAAACAAGGACCCACCCCCUCCCAUGGAGACAGUACAGGAGAUCCUCCCUGCCCUGUGCGUACUCAUAUACCACACAGAUAUAAACAUCCUCGUAGACACAGUCUGGGCUUUGUCCUACCUAACAGACGGCGGGAAUGAGCAGAUCCAAAUGGUCAUAGACUCAGGUGUUGUCCCUUUCCUCGUCCCCCUGCUCAGCCACCAAGAGGUCAAAGUUCAGACAGCAGCGCUCAGAGCAGUGGGCAACAUUGUGACGGGGACGGAUGAGCAGACUCAGGUGGUGCUGAACUGUGACGUGCUCUCCCACUUUCCUAACCUGCUCAGCCACCCCAAAGAGAAGAUCAACAAGGAGGCAGUAUGGUUCCUAUCCAACAUCACAGCGGGCAACCAGCAGCAGGUGCAGGCUGUGAUAGACGCAGGCCUCAUACCCAUGAUCAUACACCAGCUGGCCAAGGGUGAUUUUGGCACACAGAAAGAGGCUGCUUGGGCUAUUAGCAACUUAACAAUAAGUGGGAGGAAAGACCAGGUGGAGUACCUGGUGCAGCAGAACGUGAUCCCGCCCUUCUGCAGCCUGCUGUCGGUGAAGGACUCGCAGGUGGUGCAGGUGGUGCUCGACGGCCUGAAGAACAUCCUGAUCAUGGCGGGCGAGGAAGCCAGCACAAUUGCGGAGAUCAUCGAGGAGUGUGGAGGACUCGAAAAAAUCGAAAACCUGCAACAGCACGAAAAUGAGGACAUCUACAAGCUAGCGUUCGAAAUCAUCGAUCAGUACUUUUCCGGAGACGACAUUGAUGAGGACCCAAGUCUGAUCCCAGAAGCCACCCAAGGAGGCACGUUCAACUUCGACCCCGCCUCCAACCUCCAAACCAAGGAGUUCAAGUUCUAAAAGAGCCAAACUCAGAACUCGGAGCCGGCGCGAUCUCCCGCUGGCUGCUGCCCGCCCGCUCGACACACCUUCACUGCGCCUCCACCCUCUUGAUCCAAUCAUCACUGAUCAAACACCAACCCACUAACCCGAGAAAAAACGUUAAAGAGAAAACUACAAACAAAACGGGCACUGAAGUACAUGCACGGUCUCUCUCUCUCUCUCUCUCUCUCUCUCUCUCUCUCUCUCUCUCUCUCUCUCUCUCUCUCUCUCUCUCUCUCUCUCUCUCUCAAAGCCUGAGCGAAACCUGUACGUUUCGUCAGAAGAGGAAGGAAAUAAAACGGCCCUCUUUUUGGCCUCCACACUGCAGUUGCCAAAAAAAUCUAAUUUAAAUUUUCACUCACUUGCACAUACUCAAACACGAGGACGUUAGUCAUAUGAACAUUUCUAUGAACUUCUAACAUUCUACCAGCCACCCAAUGAGCCAACGAUGAAGAUGGAAGACAAAUAAAUGACGAUCCCGUGAUUUGAAGGCAGGGAAUUGUUAAUUUUAUUUUCUUUGAUUUAUUUUGUUCUUUUAUUUCCUGCAAAUGCCGCUCACAAAGAUCGCUGUCCCAACCAGAUUUUCAUUCUAGCGUGCUAGACGGACGCUCUGUUUCAAGGCAUCCGGCUUCUGCUCUGCUAAGCAAUGUUGAGCCUGCUCCCCCUUCUCUGAGAUGUAUAUGGAUUAUUCUGUUGAGGACUAAUCUGUGGAACAGCCUUUUAUCGAGAAAAAAAAGGGGGGGGGGGUGUAAUCAUUCUUUUAAAUGUGUGGUGUGCAAAAAGGACUCAAAUUAGCACCAAUUCUUCCUCUUUUUUUUUUUUUUAAUAAAGUCAUCAUGAAAUUAUGAUGUACACAAAAAAAGAAUGAGAAAAAAAUAAUCACAGAAAUAAAUAAACGUACGGACUGGGAUGUCUCGUUUCACACAUUCAGGUCACUUAACCUGCGGAGUCCAUGGCAAGAGCGGUUUGGUGCCGUUUCUCCUCGGUUACCAUGAACACGGGCAGAGUGAGUGGACGGAACGCAUCGUCGUGAAACAUGCGAAGAUGUGAGUUGCGACCGGAAUCCCGUGGGGAGCCGCUAUCCUUAUCGAGCGUUUUGGGACAUCUGCAUGUGUGGGGGGGGCGACGGAUUACUCUAUCAUGUUUGAGGACCGCCUGCACUCUGGAGUCCUCCGUUAUAUUGCUUCAUAACCACAGGAAAAAGUUCUUCGUAACAAGGACCACUCCCCAAAAGGCUUUACUGACCUGAUCCAUCUUCUCUCGCUUUCUCUCACCCUCUUUGGUCAGAACAAGCCCCCACCCCAUUAAGGGAAUAUGACUUCUCUGAGUGAAACACAUUUAGGCUUGCGUCAUCAGCAGAGAGCAAAAACUUUGAAGAAAUUGAGCUGUGAUUUUCUUUUUUUCUUUUAUGUGAUUGUGGAGCUUCCACUUUUGCAGCUUUGAUUCAGUCUUAUAUUCACACCUUUGAGUCCCAAUAUAUAAAUAGAUUUUUUUGGCUAAAUGUAUGUGGAAAGCGACAUUCGCUUGAUUUAGGCAAAGUAAUGGAAAAUGGAAAUCCACGGCAAUGCUGUUUUUUGUUUGGGUUUUUUUUUUUUUCUUUAAAUUUAUUUGCUACAAAACAGCUGUACAAACUUAAAAAAAAACAAAAAAAAAAAAAACUGUUGUGUAAAGUAUAAAUUGAAAAGCUGCCACACAUGAUAUACACAUUUGUCGGGACACUUCUGUUUCUGAUUCACUAUUAAUGGGGUAUUUGGUUUGUUUGGUUUUUUUUUUUUGUCUUACUGUUUUUAACAUUCACUUUAUAACAGCAAACAACUGAAAUGGAUAAUGUGUUGGAGUUGGGCUUUCUCACUUGUGACUGGACAGUUCUCUGGGGGUUCUUUCCCUUGUGCAUUUACUUGUAAAGGGACGUAUAGGGAAACAAAACGGUGACGUUUGGACUAAUGUAGUUGUGGUAUGGCUGCAGACUACUGAGGAUGAGGACAAAUCGCAGCCCUGGCGUUUUUUGGAAUUAGCCAUUUGUUAGUGACGAACAAAAAAAAAAAAAAAAAGUUUAAAAAAGAAGCAAAAAAGCCUGCAUAGGUGUAAAAUCCAUGAAUUUAACUAGACACCUAGACAACCGAGCCACUUUAAAGAAUUAGAUUUCUUUUUAAUUUUUUUCUUUUUUUUUUUUUUUGGUCUUGUAUCAGAAACAGAUACAAGCUUAUUGAUAGUUGCAAGAUUUUUACUUGCUGGAAAAAAGAAAAAAAAACUAAAAAAGCAUCAGAUCGCAUUUUGGCCCUGAUUGUUUGUAACUUUUUAUAAAUUUUAGCAUUGAAUUACUCUUUAAGGUGGCUCAUCUGUAACGUUUCAGCUCUUGUGCAUAUUAAAGAUAAAGAACGAGUUGAAAUUCAUUGUGCCUUUUGUUUUUCAUUUCAGAGACGAAGCAGAGCAAACCUUUUCCUAAUAGUUGGCGCUUAGCUUCUGGAGGUGUUUUUAAAAAUGGGAUCUUUUUGGGUGUCGUCUCUGUUUCUCUGGAGUGUUUGGGUUUCUCUCCUUACUUUCCUUUUUUUAACCACUUCACAAUGAGGCUUUCUGCUGUGCUCUGGACUAUACAGUAAUUCUAUAUUUAAUUCUACCCUGAUUCUCCUGGCUGACUUGUACUUGAUCCAUUCUCCUCCAUUUACAUUUUUUUUCCUAUGCACUGCAACAACCUACAAUUCCAGUUCUGUUCAAGCCACCCUCACCCUUUUUCACUCAUUACGGUAACCUCCCCGGUAACGGGGGCAUAUUUCACUCUUCACCCCCUCAGGACGUGCUUUAUGUAUCAAUUAUCCUAACCAAAAUAAACUUGCUGUUAGCCAUCUGUUCUUUA